UAAAUUUUGUUAUGGCAAUAUAUCGUUUGUGCGUUGUGUUGGUACACUGUGUCAAUUAUAUUUUUUUCUCUUUCGUUCUACAUUGCCAGACCGAGAUGGAUUACUACGAUUUCCGGUUUAAAGCGGCGGCAACUAUUUUUAGCCAAUCACGGACCGCAUUUUGAAUUCAUUCUAGCGUCGUUGACGUUGACGUUGAAUGUGUGGCGUGUAGUGUGAAAAGUAGAAGCGUGUGCGUGAAUGAAAAUUGUUGUGUUGUGACUUUUGUUGUGCGUUGACCUGCUAACAUUUUUUGAAAAACUAUCGAAUUGCAUGAAAUUCGAUGACUUUAAAGUGUACCUAACCGCUAAUGGCAUCGUGUGUGGUGACAGUGCCAGGAUAAUUUUAGAUGCAGGAAGAAGAAAACACCAUUGUGUAAUAUUCUAAUUGAAUGCUACUAUGAUGUCUACGAGAAGCGGCCGAGUUAGGCCGUCUAUGGUAGAUUCCAGUCCACCGCGAGGUCGGAAAGGAGUUUCGCCACCUCGAUCGCCUGCUAGAGGACGUAAAAGCUCGCCUCCCACUAGGUCGCCCUCCCGCAAAUCACCCGCGCGCAAAUCUCCAAGUCGCAAACCAGGGCCGAAGUUUCCCGCGCGAAAAUCUCCAUCGAGGUCAACAAAAGAAGCGACCGAAACUGUUCCAAAAUCACCAGUGAAGCGACCUACAGUAUCAGACGUGGAAAUUAAACUGCAGGAUAUUAGUGCAACCAAAGAAACUUAUCGUAGCGUCCGUACGCGGCGCUCAGAAUAUUCCAUCAAAGAUUACACUCCAGCGUUUACUGUUGACUUAACAUUAAACGGAUUGGAAAGUGAGCUGUCGAAAGAUGUUUACGGUCUUAGAAACCGGAAACCGGUUGAGGAAGUUGCGCCUCGUCGAUCUAGUAGGCUGCGGGAAUCCAGUAUCAAUGGAGCAGACAUCAGACGUAGCCUUAGCAAGUCCGUCAGUAAAUCACUCAGCAAAUCCGUCAGCCAGUCGAUUGACACAUUUUCUGAAGGUGAAAAUUCAGAAGAAGAGUACAUGAGAGAGAAAUCUAAAUCAGUGACUAGGAGAUUAGCAACUCCUUUGAGAGAAAGUGUGAGCAGACUUGGGCAAGGAAGUAAAUGGGAGUUUGGAGGAAGAAUUGGAUCAGCCAUACUGAUUCUACUGUUACCAUUGACUGUUUUGUCUAUUUUGAUAUCUUGCACAAAGGUAUGCACAAUCCAACCUCUGAAAAACUGGCCUGCGUUGAAGAAUCUCUCCCUAUGGUUCAGUUUAAAAUCUGUACUUGUCUACCUAGACCAGGUAGUUAUACAAGCACUUUGGGCUCUGCUGCCAAUUUUAGGUCCAAAAGUUGACAGAAUGGAUGAUUCCAAUAACAAAUACUGUUUCAAUGCCUUCUUCUCGAGCAUAUUUACCAUCAUAACACUUUUCACCUUUGAUUUCUUUCAAAUUAUCAACAGUGACACAAUUUUGCAAGAUUACUUGAAACUGGCGGUUACUGCAUAUAUAUUUGCCUUGAUUCUAUCUGUGGUGCUGUUUUUGAAAAGCCGUAAAAGUGCAAACUUAAACCCAUAUGGAAACACAGGAUAUACUCUUUAUGAUUUUUGGAUGGGAAGAGAGAUACAUCCAUUCAUUAAGAAGCUGGAUGUCAAGAUUUGGGUUUCAAGGAUCUCCAAUAUAAGUGCGCUGAUUCUUUCAGUGCUAAUCUUCAAGCAAGGCUUUCAUCUACAGACUAAAGAAAAUGAAGAAUUUAUUUUAACUCCACAAAAUUACUAUGAAAUUUGGACAAAAUUGCAACUACAGCCGACUACCAUUCUGUAUUCAAUGAUGCAAAUCUACUACUUGUUAAACUUCAUAAUGAGGGAAUACCGAGUCACUACCACUUUCUUCUGGCAUUCCGAGGGCUUGGGCUACUACCAAAUAGUUUCCAGUGCUCUAUAUCCAUUUUACUUCACAACCAUCUCAAAAUUUGUAGCCGAUGCUAACAUAACUCUGUCAAACAACAUCCUAAUUUCCGCUGCUGCCAUCUACAUAAUUGGUUUCCUUUUGAUGCUGAUAAGCAACAACAUAAAGCAUGAAUUCAGGAAGAACCCUCUGCAACCAAGUCUGACACAUCUAGACUCGAUGCCUACUUUCCAUGGGAAGAAGCUACUCAUCUCUAGUACAUGGGGCAUCCUUCGCCAUCCCAACUAUUUAGGUGACAUCCUUAUCCACAUAGCACUAGCAAUCCCUGGUAUAGUAUCCCAGCAUUAUUUGGCUGCUGCACCGGCUCUUCUGACAAUAUUAAUGCUACUGCACAGAGCUUGGAGGGACCACAGCAGAUGCCAGAGACGCUAUGGCACGGCCUGGCAAAGAUAUUGCAAUAAAGUACCCUCUGCCAUUUUGCCUAAGAUUCUGUAAUACAUACAAGUAUUAUAGUUACCAAUAUAAGUUUUUUUUAUUUAAAAAUUGACAUGACCUUUUACUAAUUUAAAAGGUAUCUUAAUAGAUUUUUUACUUUUAUUUUAGUAUGAAUUUGUCAUAGUAAAUGAAAUUUGUAAAUCAAUUUUGGUAUAUCCAUCACAAGCAAUUGAUUAUGAUAUAUUUUAAUUUUAUGUUUUUGUAGUUUUAGUCUAUUUAUAAGCUGGAUUAGGAGUAAUAAAAUAAGUUGUAUUAAAGACAUACUUUAAUGCAUGCUCAAUGCUUAGCAAAAUUUUGCCAUUCUAGACCACCGUUUUUCGAAUAUGACUUAGCUCUCUUAAAUAUUUAACUUUAUUUUAUAAUUGACAAUCUCAUUUUCAGUAUUGAAUAAUAUUUCUGUCAUGUGCUUUUAAAUAGAUUUAAUUAGUUUGAUAGUAUAUCCAAAGCAAUAAGAUCAAAUUAUCAAUGUUCUUUUUUUAAUUAUUGUAAUCAUGUUAAUGCCUUUAUUAAUAUAUAUUUGAUAUUGAUAGAGGGAUUACAUCUAUUCUAAUCUUUAAGAAUCUUAUUUUUACUAUGAAUUGCUGGUGUGUAUAUAUGUUAGUGUUAUUUACAAUUACUUUCUUGGACGUUAAACACUUUUAGAUACUCUAUCUAAUGUCUUCCUUCACUUGUCAGCUUACGACAGCAGCGGUUGCAGUGGCAGUUGUCAUUGCCUGCAUUACUGCUCAAAUGCCCAAUAUCUCUUGUAUUCGAAUCUUAACUUACUGCAUUUAUUAUUUCAUUGUUGUAUUACUAUCUCUAAUUAAAACGCAUUAUUUUGUUCAGUGAUCUUGUUUUCUAUGCCAACUAACAUAGUUGCAUUAGCUAUAAGUAUUAUUAGUUGAUAUUGUAUAAAUACGAUACCAGCCAUUGUGCCUCAAGACUGCUUCAAAAGCAAAAACUUAUAAUCGUAAUUGGGACGAUAUAAAUGCACUUUUCAUGUCAACUUAAGAAACGAAUGUUAAGCAUUUUGGUUGGUGUCUUCACAUUACAACAUACUUAUAAAGUGUUGUAAAACUUGUAAACUAUGUUAAGAGUGAAGACAUUAUUAGUUAGUUGUUUAUUUUACAAGGGGGCAAAGUUGUUGUUUAACCACUCGUGCUAAUAUUGAUACCCGAGCGUCGCGUAAUCUUGAGCGUUGCGAGGGUUAAACAAAGCAAGGCACGAAGGUUGAACAAUCUUUGCCUCCGAGUGAAUCACAAACAUUUUCACCACGCCAACGUGAGGAAAAUACUAACUAUGAAAUACCAAAUAAAAUCAAAUUCAAAUAAACGUAAUAAAAAAAAUAUCAUUAUAAAUCAUCAUUUAAAAGUCAAUUCUACCAGCUAACAUAGGGAAACAGCUCAAAAUAUGCAUCUCAUUAUACUUUGCCCCACAUGUGGAUAAAAUGCAACUUUCUCAUUCGUUUUGAACAAUCAAGAGGGCCUUUACCAGUUGGUGUGGUGAAAAAAUAUUUUAAUACUCAAAAUUGAUUUAAAGUAACGGUUCCGCCUUGAACCCCCACGGAUCAAAUUAUACUUAAAUUGUCUAUAAAUUUUUACUAAGAGAGUAAUUUAGUUCAUAACACUAGGGUUGUUAUAAUUUUUUAGUAUGAUUUCUGUUACCACACAUUAAUGUUGUAGUGAAUACAGUUAUCAUACACUUGUACUGGCUCACUUGGAUCGCAUGUUAUAAUUAAUUUAAGGUCUUACAAGAUGUGUAACAUGCAUUAUAAUGCAAUUGCGUUCAAAGUGACCCAACAUCUAAUAAUAAUUACGUAUAGGAUAUAACAUAUCACUUAUUUGUUAUACGUACAAGAAAUAAAUACAUAUACAUAACACAUUGUUUAUACAAGUGCUAGAAAUGCAUAGCGUAGCAUAAUUUUACCUAUACAUGAAUGUACCCUGUAUCCAUCUGCAUACCUAUUGAAAAAAUCGGACGGUUAAGUUUAUUUUUUAUCUUUUUGGUAUGUGUCGUAAUUCAUCUAGAAUAAACAAGCAGGAUUCUGUUUCUUUAGGUAAUUUACUUUUAUAUUACUGUAUUUCCUUAGUCGUGUGAAUUUUUGUGUUAAUAAUUAAUAAACGAUUGUACAAAGUAA